CGCUAUAUACUUACGGCUAGCUAGAAUCUUACCUACAGUAAAUUCUACAGGCCAUGUUUGAAUGGCGAUGACAAGCCAACUGUCUUGGAACUGCCAUUAGAAAUGAUAUCAGUAAUACAGAUCAAUGACAGGGUUGCUAGUUUACAACAUAUUCAAAUGACGUUCUAGUUUACAACAUAUUCAAAUGAAGCCCAGUUGUAAAUAGGAACUGAAUAUGAGUUUUUACUGCACCUCCCUACCCCACUGCAGUUCCUCAUCAUUCUCCUGGGACGUGUGAGUGUGUGUGCGGGCAUUCGUGCGUACAUGUUUGUGUGUGUGUGUCUGAAUGUUAUUUGCAUAACAUCCUGUGUAUUCCAUAACAGUUGUGGUUGUGUACUGCUAGUGUGUGUGUGGUUGAGUGUGUGAGUGUUUGUGGGAUUUAAAUGAGUGAGUGUGUGUGAUGAGGGCCUUCUUCCUCUUCUGGUCCCCACUCUGAAAGAGAACUUAGAGCUGUGAUGAUGUCUGGUGAAAUCAUUUACUCCGAUGUUACAUUCACUCAGCAUCAGAACCAAGAUACUGGAGCAGAAAGUGAAGUUUCUAAUGGAGUAGCCGAACGUGAAGAGGAUGUCACAUACUCUGAGGUUAAAAGACCGGGAGGUAGAGCUAGUGAGCAGAAGGAUCCUGGGAAAGGAAGGGACCCUGGCAAUAGUGACCCCACUCCCCCAGUGGGGUCAAAGGCUACAAUCCCUGAGGGAGGGUAUGGGAGAGUUCCCGUGGUGACCCUGAUGUGUCUCUGUGUUCUACUGCUGGGCCUGGCGAUCACUCUGGGAGUCCUCUAUGCUUCCAACAUGACUAGUCUUCAAGCUGAAGGGGCUCGCUUUGCCCAGAUGAAAGAGAAUAUAACAGGGAAACUGCAUGAACUGCAAGACAGCUAUAAGAGACUACAGAAUGAGACCCACAACGUAACAGUCCAGAGAGACCUGUUAUCCUCAGAGCUACAAGACUGUAAUGCCAACCUUACUAGGGUCAAAGAUCUCCUGGCAACCAUCCAAGGGAAUCAGAAGAGAUGUAAUACCAUUCAGCUGUGUUCUCCUGGCUGGGAGUUCUACAAUGGAUCAUGUUACUACUUCUCUAUAGGCAAACUGACCUGGGAACAGAGUCAGUACGCCUGCAUCCACGAUGGAGGACACCUGGUCAUCAUAGAGAGUCACCAGGAGCAGGAGUUUAUAAAACAGAGAGUGGUAGCACUGGGAAUUGAUCCUUAUGAACACAGCCCCUGGAUUGGACUGACAGAUGAGAAGCAUGAGAAAUUGUGGGUCUGGAUGGACAAUACAACUCUUAAUGAGAACAUCAAGUACUGGGACUUUGACGAACCAAAUAACCAUGGGCCUAAAGGUGAAAGUGAAAACUGUGUCCGAAUUGGUCAAAAAUGUCACAACCAAAUAAAUUGUUGGUUUGACUUUCCAUGUGCCGAACCAUCUAAGAGAAUCUGUGAGAGUCGUGCAGUCUGUGAAAGUCGGGCAGCCACUCCAUAGUGAAGCUAAAUGUAGUGUAUUGAAUGAGUAACCAGCACAAGGCACCGUAUUGUUGGGAAGUAUUUAGGGCCCAUUUUCUAGACACAGACCAAACCUACACUCUUAGAAAAAAAAAUUCCAAAAGAGUUUUUCGGGUGUCCCCAUAGGAGAACGAUUUUUGACUCCAAGUAGAAGCCUUUUUGACUCCAUGUAGAACACUAUUGGGUUCUGUGUAAAGGAAGAUCUCUCUGUUGAAAGGGUUCUACCUGGAACAAAAAGCACUACUUCAAAUGGUUAUCCUAUGGGGACAGACAAUAUAUAGCCACUUUUUUCUAAGAAUGUAUUGCUGGACUAAGUAUUACCUUCAUUUGAGCUUGUGUCCACACAACAAAUACUUCUGCUUUGAGCUAUAAUUGAAUGUCAUACCUGUGUAGUUCCUCCACAUAGCCAGCUAGAUCUGACAGAUCCUACUGAUAUGGAUAUAACUUUUUUAUUUAUAUUGGUAAAUAUGCUUUCCAUUGUAACAUUUGAUAUUUUAGUCAAUUAACAGACGGUCUUACAUUUACAUUUACAUUUAAGUCAUUUAGCAGACGCUCUUAUCCAGAGCGACUUACAAAUUGGUGCAUUCACCUUAUGACAUCCAGUGGAACAGUAGUGCAUCUAAAUCUUUUAAGGGGAGGGGUGAGAGGGAUUACUUUAUCCUAUCCUAGGUAUUCCUUAAAGAGGUGGGGUUUCAGGUGUCUCCGGAAGGUGGUGAUUGACUCCGCUGUCCUGGCGUCGUGAGGGAGUUUGUUCCACCAUUGGGGGGCCAGAGCAGCGAACAGUUUUGACUGGGCUUGUCCACAGUGAUAUACAGAUCAAUGCAGUAGUAUUAGAAAGCCUGCAUGGUUUAGCCUGCAUGGUUUAGCCUGCAUGGGUUUUAGCCUGCAUGGGUUAGCCUGUAAGGUUUAGACUGUCAUCUCAACCUUCUAUUCAGGAAAAUGUAUCUAGGUUGUAUUUCUAACAAUAUGAUUACAUUUUUUUAUUCAGUUGAUUUACAGAUUUAUUCGUAACAAUGGUAUUCAUUAAUUCAGCUGUUUUUACAGAUGUAUUUGUAACAAUGGGAUUCAUUCAUUCAGCUGUUUUUACAGAUUUAUUUGUAACAAUGGGAUUCAUUAAUUCAGCUGUUUUCACAGAUUUAUUUGUAAUAUUUGUAUUCAUUAAUUCAGCUGUUUUUAUAUAUGUAUUUGUAUGUGCAGGUCUAAUAGAUGGAAUUAGACAUUAAGUAAUACAUAAAUAAAAAUUGAAUGAUCCUAAA